AGAGCCAACUCUUUCAAUUCAUAUUUUUCUUAAGCCCACCCCAGACAGUACUCAUUCGUCAAGGCACAAUCCAACAUGGCGGACGAAUUAGUCUACUAAUAGUAUGUCACUUCUUGGACUUGUUCCGGAUUAUGGCAGCGAUUCUAGCAGUUCCUCUGGAUCUGAUGAGGAAGAGAGUAAAGAGUGCGAAUCUAGUACAAGUAUCAAUGACAACAAUUCCGGCAAUAAGGGACGAGAAGCUCAAAUACCACUUCCAUUACCAUCGUUGGAUGUAAGUACAGAUAGUUGUUCAUCUCGAUCUGCCUCUAAGGAACUCAACCAGCGAGCUUACAAGACAUCUUCGGUAUUCUUUAACCCAUUUCUUGCUGAAGAGAAAAAGAAACUAUCAGUUUUGGAGAAACAUGUACAACUUUCGGAAGGAAAAUCUGAAAAAGACGAACAAAAAUCGAAAAAGAUUUGUUUCAAGUUUCAGAAAGGACGAUGCAGAAUGGGAGACCGCUGUAAGUUUUUGCAUGGCAUCGAUUCAGGAUCUGUUAAUCCUGGAACUGAAAAACCCAGAGAGCCUAGUUUAGCUGCAACUAUUUCAACUGCAGGGACAAGAUACGAACCAGACGAAGGAGAAGAAAGAUGGGAACCUUCGAAGAAGAAACGAAAAUCAGGAGUAACCGACUCACUUGUUCCACCGAAGCGAGCUUUGGCAGCCUUCGAUAAACAGCGGCGUGAUGACAAACCAUGGACACAAUCAUUGUAGUUUUGUAUAUAUUUUAAAGGUUAUGCGGUGUAAGAAUCGUUUAAGCUGUUACUGAAUUAACUUUGACAAUAAAUUAGUAAUAACAAACAAAAAUUAA